AUGUUCUGGACCGUAAAGAGGAGGGUCUUCACUUUCAUCUUCCUUCCAUACGCCAUCCUCGUGUGUUCAGAUAAAACGGUUAACAUAGGAAGUGCACUGGUGGGGGUGUUAACGGGGGGGUUAAUGGGGGGGUUGACCGGUAGCUUGGUUAGCGGCCUGACGAACGCCCUACCUCACGCAGCCGCUGGAGGGGGACCAAACAUGCAAACGUGCCAGUCAGCCGGAUGCUCGUCAUACAAAAAUAUCACGCAUGGCGAUUCGGGAGAUUGUCUAAACGGGUUCAUCUGCAAGAAAUGUAAAAGAACCCACGCGAAGAACCCAAGCAUCUGCUUCUACUCCUCCCUCCAGGGGUACGAAAAUCUCUACGAAGCGCAUCUAGAGGAUUUCACACAAACCACCCCGUACGACAAUUUCAACGUCCCAGUGGAUAAAUCAAGCAAAGGUAAGGGAAACAACAAAGACGCAUCCAAUGACAGUGGUAAGGAAACCAUGUCUGGUAAAAAAUCAGGGAGUAACAAAAGGGACAGUAGUUUAGAAGAAGAGGACGAUGGUGAAGAUAAAGGGAAACUCCAAAGUCGUGCCAAGGGGGAGUUAGAUGAUGAAGGAGAGGAAAGUGACGUAGAGGAUGAUGCCGAAUCGGAGGAAGAGGACGAAGCAAGUGACACGAAAGACAAACGUGGUGGAAGUGAAGGAGGUAACUCCUCCCAGGGGAAGAACAACGGAGGAAACAAUUUUGACGCAGAUUCGGAUACGGAGUCAUUUUUGCAAAAAUCGACUAACCAUUUGCAUGGAAAAGGGGAGUUACACCAGUUGGUGGAAAAGAAUAGUAAAUCCAGGCCCCCCAAAGGGGAGGAUGGUUUUACCAGUUUGUUAGAAACGCACAUACAGCUUCCCACCAAUGAGGGUCGAUAUAACAGUGGAAGGUUCGAAUUUGCGGGCAGUUCCACCUCUGCUGAGGGCGCCCCCUCCAAGGGUCAUUCAUUCAUCCAGUCCAGGAACGCCAAAGAAAAGAUCGUCUACAAACGGUUGAAAAUAAACCUGAACAAACACGAGGAGUAUUUUAAAAACAAGUUGCACAAAUGUCACGUGGGGGAAGACGGAGUGGCCACUUUUUACGUCAAAGUUCUGCUGCAAAUUGUAAAGGACAAAAACGACAUCUAUGUAGAUGUGAGUAGGGGGAAAGCGUCGUCUAAUAUGGCUACAGGGUCGGAUGGACAGAAGGGGACAGAAGGGCAGAAGACAAACCGGAGAAGCCAAUCGGGGGAGGAGGAAGAAAACGACGAGGAUGAAGAAACGGACAAUGACAGUGACAGCGACAGCGAAAGUGAUGACGAGCGGUCCGGGGGGAACGGCGCCGUGAAUAAGUACGCCUAUGUGGAGGUGCACAGCGCACAGGCAAAAAACGCACAUACAAACAGUGCAAAACCAAACGAAGAAUACUCCUUCUACCAGGUGAACGAGGACCUGGACGGAGACUCCAUGGGAAACUACUACAAAUCCAGAAACGGGUUUUUCAAGUCGAUUUUCAAAAGAGUCUUUAAAAAAAAAGGAGAGUCAGAGGAUGAUACAGGAGGGGAGGACGAAGACACGGAUGAACAACCCCAGGGGAAGAAAAAAAAAAGGUGGGGGUUUUCAUGGAAGAGACGAAGAGGGGGAAAUAAACAACUGCAGGGUGGAGACGGAGACGACGAAGAGAGUGAGGAUGAAUCACCCACUAAUCGACGUCCAAGUGGAAAAAAACGGAGAUUCUUCGGCCGAUCCAAACGAAACGAUGACAACAACAACAAUGACGAUGAUGACGACAACGAAGAAUCAGACGAUGAAGAAUCCACGGGCACCUAUGGUCAAAGCGGGGCAGGAAAAAAAGGCAAAGACAAACACAGUAAAAAGGGAAAAGGAAGCAAAGGGGGCAAACUCGAGGGAAAUACAUCCAAAGUGGUCAAUCUCUUUACCAAACUGAAGAAGAAAAUAAUCCCCGUAAAACAAAAGCUACACAUAGAAGCGUUUUUCAACAGCAUCAUCGUGAAGACAUGCAAGAAUGCGCUCAAGUGGGAGGGAAACAUGUUUCGGAAACAGUCCCUCGUCGAAAUGACCCUCAAGGUCCCCGUUAAAAUGAAAUACAUAAAAAAGGAACCUCUACACUUUUUCCGAUCUGGUUACGAAGUUAUUUUAACGUGUCGUAACUGUGAGGAGGUUCUCUUCAAUUCGUGCGUGCAGCUCUACUGUAGCAAGACGGCCAGCAAAGCGGAACGGCCUGUGGAGCACCACAACGCACACGCAACAGGAGGUGCAGUAGGAAACACUGCUGCUGUUGCAGCGGGUGCAGUUGCGGCAGGAGCACUUGCAACCGGAGCAGUUGCAGCUGGAACACUUGCAACUGGAACAGUCUCUGUUGGGAGCACUCCUAAAUCAUCACACCUUUAUUCGUCUGACCCGUCUGAUUUCUCUCCAAUUUUAAUGUUCGACUACAAUGGGCAGUACUUCCCUGGAAAUGUAAACUCAGAGACGGAUUACAACAACAGUGAAGGACACCUGCACGUUAUCUACCCAGUUAUUCUUGCCACAUUGAUGAUUGUUCUACUUGUGUAG